AGAGAACGGCUCACCCAACAAAGUCAAUGAUGUCACUUUUCUGUUUUCGCUCGUUAUCAACCAAAGCGGCCGCCAGACUGUCUCAAGGUGAAAGAGACAUUUUUUUAACGCCUUUGAUUUCCUCUGGAUGGAAGUUGGUUGACAAUAGGGAUGCUAUUAUUAAAGAAUAUACCUUUAAUGACUUUAAUGAAGCAUUUGGAUUUAUGACACGUGUAGCCUUGAAAGCUGACAAAAUGGAUCAUCAUCCAGAAUGGUUUAAUGUUUAUAAUCGUGUUCAAGUCACUUUGAGCACACAUGACUGUCAAGGUUUAUCCAAGCGAGACAUCGAACUCGCCAAGUUUUGUGACAAAAUCUGA